CGGCGGGCGGGAGGGGCCGGCAGCCUCGGCGCUGGCGGGGUCGGCGACGGUUCCUCGCGGGAACAAAGCGGGGCCGGCGACGUACGAGCGCAGCCAGAAGAGGAAUGGAUGUAACAUGAUAGCCCUGGAGUCCUCAAAACACACACAGUCUGUGAAGAUUCAGUUUUUUGGUUAAGCACUGCAAAGAAAAUGGAUGAAUCAGCUCUGCUGGAUCUGUUGGAGUGCCCUGUGUGCUUGGAGCGCCUCGAUGCCUCGGCAAAAGUCUUGCCUUGCCAACACACGUUCUGCAAACGCUGUCUGCUGGGUAUCGUGAGCUCUCGGAAUGAGCUUCGCUGCCCAGAGUGCAGGACUUUAGUGGACUGCAGUGUUGAUGAACUUCCAAGCAACAUUUUGCUUGUUAGACUACUGGAUGGCAUCAAACAGCGUCCACGGAAGCCUAGCACUGCUGGUGGGACGGGGGGCACAAAUACUUUAAGGGUCCCCAUCACCACUGUCACUAAUUGUGGAUCUAAGGACCUGCAGAGCUCUCAGGCUGGACAACAGCAAAGGGUGCAAGCGCGGAGCCCUCCUGUUAGGGGUGUACCUCAGUUACCAUGUGCCAAAGCAUUGUACAACUAUGAGGGAAAAGAACCUGGAGAUCUUAAGUUCAGUAAAGGAGACAUCAUCAUUUUGCGUCGACAGGUGGAUGAAAAUUGGUAUCAUGGAGAAGUCAAUGGUAUCCAUGGCUUUUUUCCUACCAAUUUCGUUCAGAUUAUUAAACCUUUACCUCAACCUCCGCCUCAGUGCAAAGCACUUUAUGACUUCGAAGUAAAAGACAAGGAAGCGGAUAAGGACUGUUUACCAUUUGCAAAGGAUGAUGUUCUAACUGUAAUUCGUCGAGUGGAUGAAAACUGGGCAGAAGGAAUGCUAGCUGACAAGAUAGGAAUAUUUCCAAUCUCAUACGUUGAGUUUAACACAGCAGCCAAGCAGCUGAUAGAAUUGGAUAAGCCCUCAGGUUCUGCUGUAGACUCUGGAGAAGGUACCUCUGGGGCAGUCCUCAACAAUUCAGUCCAAAAGCACACCGAUACUAAGAAAAACACCAAAAAACGACACUCUUUUACCUCCCUCACUAUGUCCAACAAGUCCUCACAGUCUUCUCAGAAUCGCCACUCGAUGGAAAUUAGUCCUCCUGUCCUCAUCAGCUCAAGCAACCCAACUGCAGCAGCACGCAUAAGUGAGCUGACGGGACUUUCUUGUAGUGCCCCUUCUCAGGUUCAUAUCGGUACUACAGGGCUGAUUGUGACUCCACCCCCUAGCAGCCCAGUCACAACAGGGCCCUCAUUUACCUUCCCAUCAGAAGUUACCUACCAAGCUGCUCUUGGUAAUAUGAAUCCCCCACUUCCACCACCACCACUCUCUGCUGCAAUUGUUGCAUCAGCCUCUUCUGGACCUCAGCCUACAGGUGUAAUUCAAAGGUCUGCAUCAGGAUCAGCUGACCAAAUGGCACAUUUAAGACCACAAACUCGUCCAAGUGUAUAUGUUGCUAUAUACCCUUAUACUCCUCGAAAAGAAGAUGAACUGGAACUGCGGAAGGGAGAAAUGUUCUUAGUGUUUGAACGCUGCCAAGAUGGCUGGUUCAAGGGGACUUCCAUGCAUACAAGCAAGAUUGGUGUUUUUCCUGGCAAUUAUGUUGCUCCAGCUACAAGGACAGUGACAAGUGCAUCGCAAACGAAAGUUCCCAUGUCUACUGCUGGUCAAACAGGACGAGUGGUAACUGUGGUCAGCCCUUCCACUGCUAGUGGGACAUCUCAAAAGCUCCAGGGGAAUGGCGUGGCAGUGAACUCUAGCACUGUACCCACAGCUGUGGUUUCUGCAGCACAUAUCCAAACUAGCCCACAAACCAAGGUUCUUAUGCACGUGACAGGACAAAUGACAGUCAACCAGGCUCGCAACGCAGUUAGAACAGUUGCUGUACACAAUCAAGACCGGCCUACAGCAGCAGUCACACCCAUACAAGCACAAAGUCAAACAUGCCUUAUUCCUGCAGCUGUGAUUAUUCCCCACCAUCCUGUUGCCUCCCAGCAGCUCCAGUCCCAGCUUCCAAAUACUGCUGCUUAUGUCACAGCUGUGAAUGUGAACCGUUCAGCCAUCCCACUGGCAUGUGCAGCAGCUUCUUUGAAUUCUCCCAACAUUGCUGCUUCAUCUUUGGAGGGAGAUACAAAUGGGAGAACUGUGAACACUCACCCCAUAGCUCCUGUGGCUCCAGAGAGCUCUCUAGCAGCUGGUGGAAGUGCUGCUGUCAGUAAAACAGACAAGGAUGUCAAGAAAGAAAAAAAGGGUUUGCUGAAACUGCUUUCUGGAGCAUCCACUAAACGCAAGCCACGGUUGUCACCUCCAUCGUCUCCAACUCUGGAAGUCGAGCAAGGAGCCACAGAGUUAGUUCUGCAAGGUGCAGUUGGGCCAGAGCUUCCAUCAGCAGGAGGUCAUAGCAGAGCUGGAACCUGUCCGACUGACUGCGAGAUCUCUGGGCCGACACAGGAGAUGUUGCAGCGGAAAACAAGUUCCCUGGAUUCUGCUGUUCCAAUAGCACCACCACCACGGCUGCCUUGCUCAUCCCUGGGUCCAGUCUUGAAUGAGUCCAGGCCUCUUGUCUGUGAAAGGUACAGAGUUGUGGUAUCCUACCCUCCUCAGAGUGAAGCAGAACUUGAACUUAAAGAAGGUGACAUUGUAUUUGUACAUAAAAAACGCGAGGAUGGCUGGUUCAAAGGCACUCUGCAACGGAAUGGAAAAACUGGCCUUUUCCCCGGCAGCUUUGUAGAGAACAUUUGAGAGAAUUGAUUCCAAGAGCUUCAAAUCAUACUGUACUGUAAAGUAGCACAAGUAUUUUACCGGAAAAAGCACAGUCAUGAAAUGUUUUCAAAUGACUGUAAUGUAAACAAAAAUAUACAUAUUUUUACAGUGUCUAUAGCACAAUUACACCAGCAAACAAAGAAGAUGAAGGCAUCUGCUGGUUUUAUCACUUUCGAUUCUUGAGUGUAAUGUGUGCCUUGUACUGUCUGAUUUAUUAUAUAGAACUUUUCUCCCCACGUAUGUUACAUAAAUGAACAAUUGUUUACAAGGCUGUAACUAAUUUAUUGUUGUUUUUUUUUUUAAACUUGAAUUUUGUGUAAUAGUUAAAAAUCUUGUGACUAUGAUUUUAACAAAUUAUUAAUUUAUGAAAGAAUAGCUAAGGGGAAGCUGGAUUCUCUCCUUAUGAGCAAGCAAUUAUAUCUGAUAAAGAGCCUCCUCUUUAUCCUCUGGACAUUUUUCCCCUGCAGUGUUUAACAGUGGAGUAAGUCUCUUGUAUGAGUUAAUAUUGAAUGGUGGUGAUGUGGUGUCAAAUAGAAUUUGCCAAGUGGGGGAAAAAUUGCAUUUUGUUCUUUGGAUAGAGGAAAAGAAAGUCAGUGGUGUUCUUGAGCCUAGUUCUACUCUUUCAUAAAUCACACAAGUGGAGUAAUGUUUCCAGGAGGCAAAGACGUAUAUGAAAAAAUGAUUGAAAUUGAACCAUCACAAGGUUAGAGCCUUCUCAAGGUUAGGAAGGAAGAAAUUUAAGAGUGUUGAUGACAAUUUCCCUCUACCUUUUGAUUUUUUAAUAACUGGGCUGUUCAAACAAAGCUUAGCUUUGUAUAUUUGGCCUUUUUUUUGGGGGGGUGGGGGUGUUUUGUGCUCAGGAUCCAACAAAAUUGGAGGGAAUUUUAAAGCCCAGUACUUAGAAUAAUAAUAUCUUGAAAACACCUGUUUGAUAAAACAGAAUAUGAAAAUAAAAUUAUAAGUUGUACUUGCUGUCUAAAAACGCCUAAGAAGCGUAAUUUGCUGUUUUCUUCUCAAACUGAUCUGCAUGGCCAAGAGGUGUUUUACAGUGUCUGAGCAAUAGUGGUGGUAAGUGAUACACGCGUGUUAAAGUAAAGGCUGUAUGAAACACUGUGAAAAUUUUACUAAUGUCUUAACGUCAUUUCUACUUUGGUAUGUUCUGACCUUUUCUUUGUCUUGCAUGUGUUACUCAGUUCGUGCAGUAAAAUAGCUGUGCAUGAUUGGCAUUUUCCUUUUCAAUUACCUGUUACUGGGUUAUUUUGCUCUGAAAGUUUCCCUAAAGCCACUUGACCAAAACUAGUGAUCAGCUCACUUUCAACCAGAGAAGGUGUCCAGUGUUUGAAUUGUUAAUAUAACAUUUUUAUUUCCUUGCAGCUGGUGGAUAUAAAGAACGCAGCCUGCAAGGAAAAUGUUUGUCUUUCAGGGUUCUGAUUUGACACUUUUAUUUUUUGAUUGUUGAAGUUCAGUUGUGAUUUUUUGCAAGACGACUGAGCACCAUCAUCUCCAGUUAAAUUUGAUGUAAUUUGGCUGUUACUUGGCACUUUACAAAGGGAAGCCAGUAGUGUGAUUCGGUAUCACACAGUAUGUAGAAAGCGAUGAACAAAUACACAGCAAUGUGUUAAAUCCUUACUUUAUUUUUUUGAAGUUAUACGUUGAAAAAUAUCAAAUGUUAAUGACAAGGAUUCUUUGCCAUUAUCAUGUAGUAUCAUUGUGAUGGUCUUAAAGAUAAGAAAAAAUAUAUAUCUAUAAAUAUAUCUAGUUGAACAUGACAGCAUUCCCAAAUUAACUGUCUCUCUGAAACACUGUAUAAAUCAGUUUUUGUGCUUUUUAAUAUUUUUAAAUAGUUUACUUGAAUAUUCAUGUAAUAUAUAAAGGUUUUGUGAAACAAAUUUUUAGUUAGAAAGGAGCUGAUAUCAGCUUUUGUCAGCAUAAAUUGGCACUAGUGUGUCAUAAUAUCCUUAUUUUGAAAAAUGUAGUGCAUUUUAUAUUAAAGACUACUAAAGGUUAAUUUUUUUCUAUUUCUGCUCUCCAUAUUUUAAACUAAGUGACUAAGUUACCUCUGUUAAUAGAUUUUCAUGGUGUAAAGUCAGUAAAAAAUCAGCUGUUAACCCAAUAGUUCUGUUAGAUGGCAUAUGGUUUUAAUUUUUUUUAACAAUAAAUGUUUGUAGAAAGGGCUUAUUACAUAGCAGUGCAAUGACAAAAUGCAGUUAUCCUGCCUUUUUUGUGAUCUUUUAGGAGUUAUCUUUUUGGUAUUGGCUUGGGAUGAAUUCAGUGUCGAAACAGACAAACCCUGUGCAUUUGCUUUGUGUAAUUCCAUACAAGAAAAUUUUUGUAAGGUAUUUUAUAUCUAUGUUUGAAGUUCAGUGAAUGUUAAGUGUUUGAUUUACUAUGUUAAACUUCCAAUCGUAAUAAAUAUUUUCUUAGCAAACGACUGAAUCAAAAUGUGUAUGCAAACAUUGAACAUCAAUUUCUUGUACAGAAUUUGACAAUAAAAUUACCAGAACUUAA